CAAGGCCAAGAGUAAGAACCCCAGUAAUUAUUGAAAAACUAUUAAGAACAGAGGAAAAAAUAACAGCAAUGACGUUUUUUGGUGUCCAUUCAUGCCAUUCGGGCCAGUCCUCUAAUAUGCACCCGCAAUCCACCAUAGCUGCGGCUCCUUACAAGAUGCACCACUGAAUCUUUUGUCUGCAUAAACAACACCACAACAAGCAGGACAAAGGGAACAAAUGAACAAGAUCCAUAACAAACGGUGAAACGCUCUUCUCUCCACCUUAAAAAAAAUAAUAAAAUAAAAUAAAAUAAAAUAAAAUAAAAUAAAAUCCAUCUUCUCUAAAUUUAGCCCAACACCUGUUGCUACAUUCUCUAUUCCUUAAUCCUUUAUCGCUUUGGAGAAAUUUUUUUUUUUUUUUUAUAUCGCAUUUCUCUCAUCACAAAAUAUACGGCUGCCACCAAAAUAUGGCCACCCCAACUCCUCCGACACUCCCCAUCUCCAAUCCCCAAACUACCACCACCGCCACCGGAUCCACCGCUGCUUCAGCCCAAUCGCAGCCUCCGAUCGCUACUCCUGCCUUCCGCGCCUUCAUCAACAACAUCUCUGAGUCUGUCCACCACGGCCUCUCCCAGCGUCGCCCCUGGGUUGAACUCGUUGACCGCAACAGCUUCUCCAAACCUGAAUCCCUCUCUGAGGCUGCCCUUCGUGUCCGCAAGAAUUAUACCUACUUUCGCGUCAAUUACUUGACCAUUAUCGUCCUCAUCUUGGCUUUCUCUUUGCUUUCAAAUCCUUUGUCGCUCUUGCUGCUCCUUGGACUCCUCGCCUCCUGGUUGUUUCUCUAUUUCUUCCGUCCUUCCGAUCGGCCUUUGGUCCUCUUCGGCCGUACCUUUACGGAUUUCGAGACCCUCGGGUUGCUCAUUGUGUUUAGCGUGGUCGUGGUUUUCCUCACUAGCGUUGGAUCUUUGCUUAUCUCGGCUCUUUUGGUGGGAUUAGCCAUUGUUUUCGCUCAUGGUUCGUUUAGGGUCCCUGAGGAUCUUUUCUUGGAUGAGCAAGAGCCUGCAACUACUGGAUUUCUGUCAUUCAUAGGUGGUGCUGCUUCCAAUGCUGCUGCUGCCGCAGCUCCUGUCGUGGUCGCCGCGCGUGUUUAAUGAUGAAAUUUAAUGUGAUUUGCUGGAUCGAGAGAUUAAUAUAGUAGUCAUUUGAUUGAUUGAAGUUUUUUAGCUUUUGGUAGACAUAAUAAAUCCCAAUUCCAUAAUUUUCAAGAAUUUUCUUUUAUAAUUAGGGUGAAUAUUUAUUGAAAUUGUAUGGAUCUAUAAUGUUUUGGUCUCUUUUACUUGUGAUUUUAUGUUCUAUUCUUGAAUCUAUAAAUUUUUCAAUUGUUAGGAUGUAUUUUAUUUUUUAGGUGAUACUGUUUGUAAUUGAUUUACAGAUGAUUACAAUAAAUUCUUCUUUUAUUUUUA